AUGCCUCAAGAGACGCUCACAUUCCCACCGCUUUAUUGCGUGGUUGGCGCCUACCGCUUGGCGCACGACCCCACACUGUGGAAGCCAAUGUGGGCAAAGUGCUCCAAAGCUGCCAAGCAGGCCAUCAUCGUCGGUCUCGUGUGGAUGGUCUUCACCUGGCCGCUACAGCGGCUCUUUGUCUACUACUUUAUGUCUGCGUCCGCCUCGGUCACAGGUCUCAGCGCUCUCUACGGAAAGGUGGUCGAGACCGCCGAUGUCACCGAUGACAGCCUGCCCUUUAGGAUCCCCGUACCCUCGCUUCAGACGUUCGCGACAUUCAUGUUUGUCAUCGGCCAGGUACACACCAUCAUGGAGUUCUGGCUCAGGCGCAAACUUGCCGAGUGCAGAAAGACAGCUUACGUGCAGACCGUCAAAUCAAGGGGCAAGGCCGCAGACUGGUGGACACAAUACGUCGAAGAGUUCUCGAAUCCCCCGUCCAAGAAGGCCAUCCAAAACGCCAAGAAGCAGGCUUGGUACAUGAAGCUGGCUUCACCUUUGGUUCGGUUCUUCAUCAUGAAGGUCUUCCUGCUGCCGGUCGACUUUGUCCCCUUCUUCGGCAUGGCGCUUGGUGCCGCUUUGCGCUCGCUGACGUACGGCCGACUCCUCCACGUCCCUCUCUUCGAAGCGAAACGAAUGUCGCCCUUCGAGAUCGAGCUAUGGAUCACCGAGCGUCAGGUAGCCUACCGAUCCUUUGGCUUCGUUGCCGCGCUCAUGGAACGCAUCCCACUCAUCGGCCUCGUCUUUUCCAUCUCGAACCGCAUCGGAGCCGCCAUGUGGGCUCACGACCUCGAGAAGCGUCAGCAGCGCAUCCGCGCCGCCAAAGCCGGCACUUCCACCGCCAUCGCUUCCGGCAUCGAGAAAACGGACGCCAUCGGGCUGGAAGAAUUCAAAUCGAAACCCACGCUCAAAAAGAUCUACAAAAACGUCCAGCAGGACGUCUACGACGAUGAAGCCGAGGGCGAGGGCAAUUUCAAUGGUGAGGGUCUCGCCGUUCUGCGUCGUGGUGAUCGUGGUUCAGGAGCAGGCGUGUUUACACACUUGUCGUUUACUUUUCCGCUCAAACUCAUUUGCCCGGGCGUCAGUUCCAGGAAUGCUACCCUCGACCGCAUCGGUCAAGCCGCGAAUGUGAAUGCAAGCACCUCGUCGGAGGCGGAGGUCAAGGCAGUCAACGCGCUGUACGUUGUUGGGUACGGCGGAGGACUGGUUUCGGGCGAUAGCGUGGACCUGGAUGUCGACGUGGGAUCGCAGUGCUGUCUGCUGAUCUUGACACAGGGCAGCACCAAGGUGUUCAAGACAAGGACAAGUCGGCCCACGCGCGGGGUCAGCACGGCUACCUUCACCUCAACCGCAUCGACACACGCGCAAGCGCCAGACACUCCGAUCGACAACACAUCCGCCACCAGCGCUGAUAAUCCCGCAAAAGCAGUCUCAAGCCUCGGCAUGACCCGGCAAAACUUCCGGUUCCUCGUCCGCAAGCACGCCACGCUGGUCCUCCUCCCCGACCCAGUCACCUGCUUUGCCAGUGCGCGCUACGACCAGGUGCAGCGGUUCGACCUUCGCUCCUCCACCACAUCCUCGUGCGUCAUCCUGGACUGGAUCACGCCCGGUCGAACUGCUGUCCCCUCCACCACCACCGCCGACGCGCCGCGAUUGAACCACCUGGACGCGCACCCUUCCAGCGGCACGGGCAAGCCCAUGCACGACUAUCGCAUCCCGCAACGCACUCCCGAACUGUGGAGCUUCUCCCACUAUCGAUCGCGGAACGAACUCCGGGUUGCCUCGACCGUCGUUGCGCGCGACGUAAUUCUCCUCUCCCAACAACCCGGUGAGAAAUAUGUGGAUCCGCUGACAGGAAUGAGCUUCACCGAGCUCGCCCGACGCAAUCAUCCGUAUGGGUGUUAUGCUACGUUGAUACUGUACGGGCCGGAUGCGGAGGACAUUAUUGAGAAGCUGGAAGAGGAGUUUGAGUCGAUCCAACAACGACCCACGACCGCGCUAAGGGAAGAGGUGCUGUGGAGUUUGAGUCGGGUUCAGGACCAACCGGCCGGAAAAAAGUGCGGGACGGUGGUAGUGAGGAUAGCGGCGAAGGAUGCACAGACGGUGAGGAGGUGGUUGUUCGACCGGCUGACGCCGUUGGAAAGGGUGGUGGGGAGGGAUUUGUAUAGGCAAGCGCUGGCUUCGUGA